CUUUUUAUACAUCUCCUCCAUUUUCCACAGACUUCACAACUCUCUAACAAUCUCAUAAUCUCUCACUCUAAAACCAGAAGAAGAAGCAUUAUCUAGAAGGAAAAAAAAGUGAGAGAUGGCUUCCAAAAUGGUCCAAAUUUUCUUGAUAAUGGCUCUCUUCGCUACAUCAGCCCUCGCUCAAGCUCCCGCUCCUACACCAACCAUCACUCCUCCUGCCGCAACACCCCCUCCCGUUGCAACUCCUCCUCCUGUAGCUACUCCUCCACCAGUGGCCACCCCACCACCAGCCGCAACCCCAGCCCCAGCCACCACUCCACCACCAGCCGCAACUCCAGCUCCCGCCACUACUCCACCAUCAGCCGCUCCUUCUCCCUCUGAUGUUCCCGCCGCAUCUCCACCUGCGCCGGAAGGUCCCGCAUCGAGCCCUGACGGUCUUGCUCCAGGGCCUUCAGAAGAAGCACCUGCACCAAGUGCCGCUUUCUCCAACAAAGCUUUCAUCGCCGGAACCGCUUUCACCGCUAUUAUGUACGCCGCCGUUUUCGUUUGAGAUUUUUUUUUAUUUUUAAAGUUCACAAUCUUCUUUCUUUUUUUUGUAAUUUCACCCCAAUUAUUUCAAAUCCUUGGUGUUAUGUGAGAAUUUCAUUUAUUUUCGUAUUUCUCUACUUGAUCGUUCAAAUUUGUAUGAAAUUUGUCAUGUGUCACGUGUGUCGGGUCGUGGAAUGUAAUUCGUGGUGGGAACCAAUGGAAUGCUGACGCGUGUAAUUUACCAUUGGAAGGGCUUUAAGUGGUCUGUCUGUCUGUGUAAAGGUGGAAAUUUGUUUAUGUAAAUCCAGUGACAGAUUAAUCAAAUAAUUUCAUUA